GCUUUUUCUCCGGCCUCCGCGGCGCGCCCCUCCUCGCCCCAGCGCUAGCGGGCACGCGGCUCUUCCGCAGGCUUCCCGACUGCCAGGCGCGGGCCGGCUGCGAAGACACCGUGGGCCGCGUCUCCGAUUGAAAUCACAAAAGAUAUACGUGUUCUUCUUAAGAGAAAAAGGAAAUCUGUGUCCUUUAUUGUCGGCUUCCAAAGAUUACUAACUUCUAUCUGUACCAUUAAACUUGAACUGCCUUGGCUAUACUGCUACUCUUAAUUGCUGCUUCCAUUAUUGCCUUCUUCAGCAAAACAAGGCUUUCUGCAGCCAAAGAAUAACAAGAAAUACACACCACUGUAGGAGCCUUGCCACUAUGAAACUUAGGCUAAACGUGCUCACCAUUAUUUUGCUGCCUGUCCACUUGUUAAUAACAGUAUACAGUGCCCUUAUAUUUAUUCCAUGGUAUUUUCUUACCAACGCCAAGAAGAAAAACGCUAUGGCAAAGAGAAUAAAAGCUAAGCCCACUUCAGACAAACCCGGAAGUCCAUAUCGCUCUGUCACGCACUUCGACUCGCUAGCUGUCAUAGACAUCCCCGGAGCCAACACUCUGGAUAAGUUAUUUGAUCAUGCCGUGUCCAAGUUUGGGAAGAAAGACAGCCUUGGGACCAGAGAAAUCCUAAGUGAAGAAAACGAAAUGCAGCCAAAUGGAAAGGUUUUUAAGAAGUUAAUUCUUGGGAAUUAUAAAUGGAUGAGCUAUCUCGAAGUGAACCACAGAGUGAAUAAUUUUGGUAGUGGACUCACCGCACUGGGACUGAAACCAAAGAACACUGUUGCCAUUUUCUGCGAGACCAGGGCCGAAUGGAUGAUUGCGGCCCAGACCUGCUUUAAGUACAAUUUCCCUCUUGUGACUUUAUAUGCCACGCUUGGCAAAGAAGCUGUAGUUCAUGGGUUAAAUGAAUCUGAGGCUACCUACCUGAUUACUAGUGUUGAACUUCUGGAAAGUAAACUUAAGACUGCAUUGUCAGAUAUCAGUUGUGUUAAACAUAUCAUUUAUGUGGACAAUAAGACUAUCAAUAAAGCAGAAUACCCCGAAGGAUUUGAGAUUCACAGCAUGCAAUCAGUAGAAGAAUUGGGAUCCAAGCCAGAAAACAUGAGCAUCCCUCCAAAUAGACCGACCCCUUCGGACAUGGCUAUUGUCAUGUAUACCAGUGGUUCUACUGGCCGACCUAAGGGAGUGAUGAUGCACCAUAGCAAUUUGAUAGCCGGAAUGACAGGCCAGUGUGAGAGAAUUCCUGGACUGGGACCAAAGGACACAUACAUUGGCUACUUGCCUUUGGCUCAUGUACUAGAAUUGACAGCAGAGAUCUCUUGCUUUACCUAUGGCUGUAGGAUUGGAUAUUCUUCUCCACUGACACUCUCUGACCAGUCCAGCAAAAUUAAAAAAGGAAGCAAAGGAGACUGCACUGUACUGAAGCCUACACUCAUGGCGGCUGUUCCGGAAAUCAUGGAUAGAAUUUAUAAGAAUGUUAUGAGCAAAGUCCAAGAGAUGAAUUAUAUUCAGAAAACGCUGUUCAAGAUAGGGUAUGAUUACAAAUUGGAACAGAUCAAAAAGGGAUAUGAUGCACCACUUUGCAAUCUGUUAUUGUUUAAAAAGGUGAAGGCUUUGCUGGGAGGCAGUGUACGCAUGAUGCUGUCUGGUGGAGCACCACUGUCCCCACAGACACACCGAUUCAUGAAUGUCUGCUUCUGCUGCCCAGUGGGUCAGGGUUAUGGACUCACAGAAUCGUGCGGUGCUGGGACAGUUACUGAAGUUACUGACUAUACUACUGGCAGAGUUGGUGCCCCUCUCAUUUGCUGUGAAAUUAAGCUAAAAGACUGGCAGGAAGGUGGUUAUACAGUUCAUGACAAGCCAAACCCCAGAGGCGAAAUUGUAAUUGGUGGGCAGAAUAUCUCCAUGGGAUAUUUUAAAAAUGAAGAGAAAACGGCAGAGGAUUAUUCUGUGGAUGAAAAUGGCCAAAGGUGGUUUUGCACUGGUGACAUUGGAGAAUUUCAUCCUGAUGGAUGUUUACAGAUUAUAGAUCGUAAGAAAGAUCUGGUGAAAUUACAAGCAGGAGAAUAUGUAUCUCUGGGGAAAGUAGAAGCAGCACUCAAGAACUGUCCACUUAUAGACAACAUCUGUGCGUUUGCCAAAAGUGAUCAGUCCUAUGUGAUUAGUUUUGUGGUUCCUAAUCAGAAAAGGUUGACACUUUUGGCACAACAGAAAGGAGUGGAAGGAUCUUGGGUUGAUAUCUGCAAUAACCCUGCCAUGGAAGCUGAAAUACUGAAAGAAAUUAGAGAAGCUGCCAAUGCCAUGAAAUUGGAGCGCUUUGAAAUUCCAAUCAAGGUUCGCCUAAGUCCAGAGCCAUGGACGCCUGAAACCGGUUUGGUCACUGAUGCUUUCAAACUAAAGAGGAAGGAGCUGAAGAACCAUUACCUCAAAGACAUUGAGCGAAUGUACGGGGGCAAAUAGGAUGCAGGAGGCGGCCUGGGGGGUUUUCAGUUCUAGAGUUUUAAGCCUUGUUGAGCUGUUAGAAUGUAAGAGGCAUAUCAUGCUAAAGACACGGUAAUUAAAAAAACAAAAAACAAAAAACCAAAAGUGAUUAAAAUCGUCGUGGAGUCUACUUUAACUUAGUUUUGCCUAGUUCUCUGUGCCGCUGAAAUUGAAAAGUUGUUUCCCUUUAGCUGUGUUAUUCAUUUUAGAGCAAAAAUUCCAUUUUUAAAAAGUAGCCUAGGAUACACUUGUUUUCCUAAAGGAGAAUAUUUAAUGUGGAAGAAAAUAAAUUGGAGUUGGAGUAGAAUGUAGUUUGCGACAGUUUGCAUCUUCCAAUGUCUAUUGUCUUCCUAGUUCAGAAGAAGCUUAAAAUAUUAAGCAUGACAAAAAAGAUAUGUAUUAACACUACUCAAAGCAGAAGUUCUGCAGGGCUUUAAAAUUCUCUUCCAACCAUUUAUCUGGAAGGCAAAAUUCAAUCAUAAUAUAAUAGAAUCAAAUAGUAGUACCUUGGAAACCAUUUUAGGAUUCAUAAUUGUCGGCGUAGCUUAGACAUACAAUCAUUGUAAUAUUGUGAAUAAUUACAGUGCCCGAAGUCUGAAUAACAACAACGUUAAACACACCAAAAAUAUUUAGUAAUAUAUUUUUAAAGGGAAAUUGAACUGCAAGCACCAAAACUUGGAGGUCUUAAAAUCAGUAACUAAUUAUUUGAAUGAUUAAGGGUAAAGUACAUUUUAAAGACUGCCAAAAAUUGUCUGUUCAAAAGAAAAGGCUGAGACCAAGAGUAAGACGAUAGAAAGUGAAUCCAGUUUUAACAGGAAGCAUUUUCUUUGUUCAGAAAGGUGACGGCAUCCUAAGUGUUUAGAAUUCUGACCCUUGCGUAGCACUGAACCUGGGAAAGGAUUUCGAUUCCGAAUUUACCUUUGAUAACAGGGAUUGAUUUUAAAAUGUCCUCGUAUUAAAUUACACUUGGAACUGAAGGUCUGUUUGCUGUUGCUGAUUUGAUUCUUGAUCUGUAGUUUAUUUCAGAAAGCCUUUCAUUUAGCUUUAAUUUGAGCAAAGCGGGUUAUGAUGACUGACUUCCCCAAUAUCUUGUUUGAGUCUCUGAGUGAUGACCUAACUUGGAUGAGUUUGGGGAAUUGAAAGGGAAAGAACACACUGUUAACACUAUUUUCCUAAUUGUGGGAAGAGUUUAGAAACUGGAAAUGCUCGAUUUGGGCAAAGGGAAGACAGUAAGGGACUGACAUACUUGUGCAGUAAUUUGGCAUGUGGGCUUCUUUUUGAAUAUUUCAUUAAAAUCUGGGAUUCUAUAUCUGACAGGUUUUCACACUUGAACCAUAGUUACUGUAAAAAGCAAAAAUUCUUAAUACUGUUAUUCUUUGCACUUUUUUCUUAAUCAUUUUAUAUAUAUAUAUAUAUAUACAUAUAUAUAUGUUGCUUACAUUGCUUUGUACAGAUGUGGGCCACCACUGCAACAAAAUACAUUCUUUUUGCUCUAAGAUAUUUAUAAUGAAAAUAUUUAAAUGUUAUGUAUAUGGUGGUGAAAAGGAAAAAAUAAUCCGGUGUUGUUAUAAGCAAGAAUGAAGGUUUCUGUAAAGAUUUCUGUUCAGUGUUCUGCAAUGUCAAAUUCGAGGCAAGUUCUCUCUGAAGUUAUGUGUAUUCUUCCCAACUUGCCUUUGAAGAGUGAAAAACCACUGUCAUCAAGUAGACUACUAUUCAGCUUCUACUGUUCUGGCCCACUGUUGAUCCUUCAAGGAUGAUUUCCUUAGAUUUUUUUCAAUAUGUGAAUUGUUUUCCCAUUUGGAAUGGUGAUUUUAAAUAUGUGAAUGCAUGCAUACUCCAAUGUUUGCACGCCCGCCCAUUCCCAUCUCCUGAAAGCUAGAACACUGCCAACUAAUCUGUUGUAUAGGUCCUUUAGAAACAUGGAAUUAACAAAGUUGGGUGCUGCUAAUUCUUUGCGAAAAUCCAAAUAUUGUUAAGGGACCAGGGAGAUGCCACUACCCCCUGAUUUUUCAUCAGAAAAAAAAAAAAGUACAUGGUUAUAUAAACCGAUCUUUCCAUAUUCAUAGUGACUUUUUAAGUAUUUGAGCCUAAAGAUUUUAAUCCUACAUUUUUAUACCUGUUUAAAUUGUUCACUGUUGUUAUGACAUGUCAGCCAUCAAAUGAAGUUGUACUUUAAAAAUUUACUACAAUUCUAUACAUUUCUAAGUCAAACACUUGUGACUUUUGCUUUACUGACAUGAAAGUAUCUUGCCUCCUUGAUACUCGUAUUGCUUUCUUUUUUUUUUUUUUCCUAGAGCAGAGGUAUCAUUGUAUAGCUUUUCAGAACUGAGAUACAGGUGAAUGAUUCAAAGAGUCAGAAGUUAAGGAGAGUAAUGUUUCUUUCGGGCAUAAAGACUGAUUAAUAAUAAUCCUUGCCUAUGUUUUCCUGAUAGCACAUGACAAAUGUCUCUGAGGUGACAGGAUGAGAACAGGUUAAUGAUUGUGUGGUAUUUGGAACUCCAGAGGAAUAUUUUAAUUUUCAAAUGUAGUUACAAAUUAGAAUGUAUUCAUAUUUUGUACUUUCUGUUAAAAUGCAUGAUCAUGGGAUUGUUACUUCGAUUUUUGUGUUUAUUCCUAAUGAAAAGCUUGAUUUGUUCUUGUUUUUAAGUUUGCACUCGAAUCUUAAAUAAAUCCACCCAUGUUAUCAAG